CGCUGAAGCUCCUUAAAACCACAGCUCGCAAAACCAAACAAAGAGUCCAAACAUGGGAGCCGUCACAGAUGAUGAAGUUAUUCGUAAACGCCUUCUUAUUGACGGGGAUGGGGCAGGAGAUGACCGCCGGAUUAACGUGCUCCUAAAGAGCUUCAUCAAAUGGUGCAAUUCUCCUACCAGCCCAGAGGAAGGAUUCACACAGUAUCAAAGGAUGCUGGGUACAUUAGCCCAAUGUGAGUUCUCAAUGGGGAAAACCUUGAUGGUGUAUGACAUGAAUCUCAGAGAAAUGGAAAAUUAUGAGAAAAUCUACACAACAAUAGAGCAAAACAUCACAUCUGCACAUGACAAAAUUGCUGACUGCAAAAAAGAAAUCCAAAGAGCCAAAAGAAUCCGAAAGAAUCGUCAAGAAUAUGAUGCUCUUGCUAAAGUAAUACAACAACAUCCAGACAGACAUGAAACGUUAAAGCAGUUGGAGGCACUGGACAAAGAGCUUCAGCAACUGUCUCAUAUUAAAGAAAAUGUAGAUGCAAAGUUGGAAUUGAGGAAAAAACAGUUUCACGUUCUCCUCAGCACCAUACAAGAACUUCAGCAGACUCUUGAAAAUGACGACAAAUCUGACAAUGAUGACAAUAGUCAAGGAAGCCCUGUCGGCAAUGGAGAAUGAAAUUGUUAUACAGCUUGUUUUAUUUUUAUGUGUUUUGAAUAAAGUUCACUCUUAUAAA